AUUCCUGAUUCAAUGUUUGGUUUGGUCAAGUCUAGGCUUAGGGUUUUCUAGCUAUGAAUUUUCAAUGUUUAAUUUACAUUUUUUACGUAUGCAGUAGUAAUAGUUAAACAUUAAUUACUCAUUAUAUUCACUUUAGGUGGAUUUAUGUAAUUUCUUUAAAACAUUUUAAUGUUAUUAUUGCCUAAAGUAAGUUUUAUUACAUCAGGAUUUCGAAAACCAACGCCGUUUAUAAGCCGAGUGCUGAAUUGAAACUCGUGGUGAAAAUUUAUGGAAGACUAUCAGUACCUUUUGUUGACACUCCCCCCAAACUACCCUAUAUUGACAUAAAACAAACAAACGAUUAUGGGAACCAAUGAGCAGACACCUGAAGCACUACAAAGAAAACUGUAUUUUUUAUUGGAACAGUUACAAGAAAUGGCUAGGGAGCUUCCUCCGAAAUAUCAGAUGAGAGUGCCAAUUGAACUUCUUUCUGGUCUUGCCAAUUGUCUGCUUAAUGAUACUGUAUUUGAAAUAGUUAAGGGGCUUAUGGAAAUCCAACAUGUUACAGAAAAGCACUUGUUUCAGCAGCGACUACAGGUUAUAAAUAGACACACAUUGGAAAUAAAAACUAUGAUUGAUUCUGUACAAAAUCCAGAGCAGCAAGAAUUACAGAAAAGUAUUUUGCUAAGCAGACAUCGGGAAGAAUUAAAACAAACAGAUAUGAAGUUAGUUAUACAAUUAGAUCAAAAGGUCAGUGAUCAACAAGUAACUUUAGAGAAAGCAGGAGUUCCUGGAUUCUUUGUCACCAACAAGCCAAUAGAAGUGAAAGUUCAAAUGUAUUUACUUGACUUUAUUCUUAGAUUGAGUAAGAUGGAUAUUGUAUAAUAUUUAGUAUCAUAAUAAUUUUAAAAAAAUCAGAA